AUGGAAAAAUUCGCUCCUUGCAUGGGGCAGGGCUACCGCGGUGCGAAGAGGGAGAAAAAGAGAGCAGAUUUCGCCCCUUUCUAUUUCGCCCUCAAUUCACACUUUUUUCUCCAGCACUGCUCGACCGUUAAAGAGCUGCCCACUGUAUUCGACAACCCCAAGGGCUGGGGACCGUCCAACGCACAGCCGCCCAGCGAGCUCAAGGGCGUGCCAUAUGUUCCGUUCUCCAAGGGCGACAAGGUUACGCGGGCGGCCGAUUGGAUUCAGCCAGGAGAUUCGCGCGACCAGCGCGACCAGGGCCGGCAGCGCGGCAAGUACGGGCGCGACCAGGGCCAGCAGGCGUACGGCAGCAACUCGGCCUCGGCGUUUGUGUACCAGGCCGAGACCGACGAGGCGUCGUUCUCGCUGGUCGACAACCGCGGAACGGCUAUGAAGAAGAUUGCUGUCAGCGCCAUCCAGGGCGGACGCAGCGGCGGUCGUGGCGAGCAUGGCCGCGGCGGUAUGCAGCGCCUGGGCCACGGCGGUCGCUUCCAGCACGGCGGCAAGUUUGGCGGUGCUAACAGCGGGUACCGCAAGCGCUUCGGCUGGCGCGACUACGACCGCGGGCAGCGCCACCGCUAUGCCAGCGUCAAGCCCACUGACGAGUGGGAGCUGGUGCAGGACAUCGAGUUCAACCGCAUGAAGGGCCUGAGCUUUGACGUCAGCAACAUCCAGGAGCUGGGCUUGUAUGGCAAGGCCGGCACCUACGACCACGUGUACGACCGCAUCACCACGCGCAUCGAGCGGCCGCUCAAGAACUCGGCGUCGGUGCGCUACAACGCCACAGCCAGCGACGACCCUGUGCUGACCAAGCUCGCGGCGAGCAACAAGGACAUCAAGGUGUUUGCCACUGAUUCGGUGAUCGCCACGCUGAUGGCGUCGAUGGUGUCGUCGAGCGCCUGGGACGUGGUGGUGAACCGCGUUGGCGACAAGCUGUUCCUGGACAAGCGCGACGGCGGGCCGCUCGACUUCCCGACUGUCAACGAGAACGCCUCCGAGCCGCCCUCCGAGUCGAGCGACCGCGAGGGAGCCAUCAACUCGGCGUCGAUGCUGGCGCUCGAGGCCCGCGACGUCACCCGCAGCUACAUCCAGCAGGUGACUGGCAAGGGCACGGUCGACUUUGAGAACCCGAAUCCGUUCAAUGCCGAGAACGAGGCCGACGAGACCCCCGACGACAACGCCUACCGCUACCGCGUGUUCGACCUCAGCGCGACUGCUGGGGAGGAUGAGGAGCCCACCGAGUCGUGUCUGAUGGCUGUGCGUACCGAGAUCGACGGCAUCAUGCCGGGUGACAAGCGCCUGUUUGUGCGUGCGCUGACUCAGCAUGACAUCCGUGCUCCUGGCGCCGGCGGUGCCCUUGACUGGCGCAAGAAGCUCGACUCGCAGCGCGGAGCCGUUGUGGCCACCGAGAUGAAGAACAACGCGACCAAGCUUGCGCGCUGGGCGUUCCAGGCCGUGCUGGCCGACGCCGAUAUGGUCAAGGUUGGCUUUGUCACCCGCGCCACGCCCCGCGACCGCACCCGCCACGCCAUCCUGGGCGUCCAGUCCUACCGCCCGGCCGACUUUGCCAACCAGCUCAGCCUCAACGUCUACAACGCCUGGGGUAUUGUCAAGGCCCUGGUGGACCUGUGCCGCGGCCUCGACGAGGGCCGCUAUCCGCUGAUCCGCCUGUACUCGAACGACGACGAUGAGGAGGAGGCCUCAACUGCGGCCGCCAACGCCGACAACGCCUAAAACUGUGCUGCUCUGCUUCAAAAUACUAAAACCCAAUCACCGAUUAAUUUUGAGACCGCUUCAUUCAGUGCUGCUGUGUCAUCGCCAAUACCAUACUAGCGACUCAUCACAUGCGACCCAUUCAGCUGGAUGGAGAGGUGCUUUUCGCCUGCCCUCCUUCCUGUUGCGUAUGCCAUUGAACUUGUCCAUAUAUUGCCACCUCCUACCUUGCACACAUCCACUUUUGCUUGCUGUCCCCCAUGGCCGACAAACCCACCGCCGACGCCAGCCACGCAACCAGGCUUCCAACCACAGGCCCGGCAUCU